AAUGUCCAUUGUCAUUACAUGAAAAUGAAUUAUAAUUGCUUUUUCUCUCUCUACUUUGUCUCUCUCCCUACUCUUAAUAUCAUCUACUGGUAGGCUAUUGUAUAGGCUCAUCAUACCAGACAUGGCAUUUCAGGACCACCACCUCUCUCAAGAAAUGCCCCUCCACCACCAUUUCCCCGACCACCACCAGCAGUCUGCCGCCGUCUAUCAGCACCACCAACAGUCCUCACCGGACGGCCGUACUAAACCACCCUUUACUUGGCUCAAUAGCUCCAUCCUCCAAUCCCACCCCCACCAGUGGCUCUCCACUCAAAGUCAACCCAGCCCACCAACCACCGCCGACACAGCCGAAACGAAUGCCAGUGGCGGUGAUCAUCAUCAAGACAGCGGCGGCGGCGGAGGAGAUGAUAAUAAUAAUGAUAAUAACAACUGGGAGAAAGAUAAAUGCAUGGCGGAUAUUAUGAAUCAUCCUCUGUAUGAGCAACUACUGUCGGCACACGUGGCUUGCCUAAGAAUAGCGACGCCGGUGGACCAGCUGCCGAGGAUCGACGCUCAGCUGGCUCAGUCGCAACAAGUGAUGGCUAAAUACUCUCUGUUCGGACAAGGUCAACAGCCCCUUGAUCAUAAAGACCUCGACCAGUUCAUGACGCAUUAUGUUCUAUUGCUCUCUUCCUUUAAAGAGCAACUGCAACAACAUGUCCGUGUUCAUGCAAUGGAAGCAGUCAUGGCUUGUUGGGAGCUCGAGCAAUCGCUGCAAAGCUUGACAGGGGUACCACCUGGUGAAGGUACAGGAGCAACCAUGUCUGAUGAUGACGGUGAAGAAACUAACUUGUUUGACGAAACUUUAGAAGUAUCAGAUAACAUGGGAUUCGGUCCUUUAGUGCCCACUGAAAGUGAGAGGUCCUUGAUGGAGCGUGUGCGACAAGAACUGAAACACGAGCUUAAACAAGGUUACAAGGACAAGAUCGUGGACGUUAGAGAGGAAAUUUUACGUAAAAGAAGAGCAGGGAAACUUCCCGGGGACACUACAUCUCUCUUAAAAACAUGGUGGCAAACUCAUUCCAAGUGGCCAUAUCCUACAGAGGAAGAUAAAGCAAAACUGGUGGAGGAAACUGGAUUGCAACUAAAACAGAUCAACAAUUGGUUCAUCAACCAAAGAAAAAGGAAUUGGCACAGUAAUCCUUCGUCAUCAACUUCUCACAAAAGCAAACGCAAGAGUAGUGCAGGCGACAAAUCAACCAACGAACGCUUUAUGUGAACUGAAAAUUUAAAUGGAAGAAACAUGUUCAUCCUUCAUGUUCAUAUGCCAUGCUCAAUUCCUAUAUCCAGCAUGGCUGUUGAGAGAAGCAAAAUGGGGACUUUUAGUUACUUUAGUGUUUGCAAUGGUAGUAAAUUGUUGUCAGGGAGAGCACGAAGAACUGAGACUGACGAGGGGGGUUGCUUUGCACUGCUGAAAACAUGCGAAAACUAUAAUGGCGAACGGGUUCAGUGAGAAUCUACUAGUGGCAGCUAACGAACUGCAUGAGUUUUGUUUUGUUCAUAUCACGUAUUAUUGCCACUGCUGAACUCUCUUUCAGUUUUGUAUAUGAAAUGACUAUUUAUGUAGUUGAAUUCUCAUUUCUUGCUUGCA